CAUGGGUUCAGCAGAUUUACUUUUUUCUCUGACCCAUCUUCUAGAGUGCCUUCUCACACUCAACACAAACAAUACGACAGUCGCUUCCCCCAAUUCGUGGCCUACUCCGUCGCCGGAUAUGGGAAACGCCCUACUAUGGGGUCCACACUCACUUGGGGAAUCUGAGCUGCCAGUUCCCCUCUCACACACACAUUCGCAUUUGCUACACUCCAGGACUCCCACCCCUGACCGAGCGACCGAGCAGACCGGACUACUCACGUCUUUCCGGCGCCUCCGUUUCUCCACCGGGGCUUCGCCCUGUGUGUCUUCUUAUUCACCUCAAUCACCCCGGGACUACACACCCCUAAACGACUCUUAAAGACCCCGUUUCCGGGGUCGAGGCUUUGUCCCUUUCACAUGCACUCCGGAGCCCGCUUGUACGGGGCCCACCGUCUUUUUCACACGCACACGCAUUCUGGAGCCCGCUUGUACGGGGCCCACCGAGCACAUACACUUAUACUAAAUUAGUAAGCCGAAACUUGGGGAAGUUUCUCCGGGGAUCCCCCGCCCCAGGAACUUUGACGCAGUCCACCUCCGCGUCUGGGUUAGGCCCGCUUGCUCUCCUCCUAACCCAGGAGCCUCCCCACCGAGGGUAACUCGACGCCGAGGGGGGUGCAGCUCCCCCCCUCCUACAUCCCCCAACCCUGGAUGCUCUUGGAACAUUAGUCCCUCAAUCCAGCAGGUUUGAAUCAACCCUGGAUGCUCUUGGAAUAUUAAUCCCUCAAUCCAGCAGGUUUGAAUCAACCCUGGAUGCUCUUGGAAUAUUAAUCCCUCAAUCCAGCAGGUUUGAAUCAACCCUGGAAAAAGGAGGCCCACCACCCACCCGGGGCUACUUACGUGUUCACUCUUCCGCGGUUCUUCGUGCACAAAGAUUAACGGGGGUAACUUUGCUUGCUACUGAGUUUUAGGUUCGUCGGUAAAGGCCCAAGGAGGAAGCCCCCCCUUAGGUCCACCGCAAAAAGGCGGUGGGGCGCCUCACGCUAGUGGGGCCUCCGUCCCGGGUUUCCUUUAUCCGAGUCACGGCACCAAAUUGUGAUAAAUUGAGGCGAAUAAUUUGAUUCAGCCUUUUUAAGGUCAAUUGGAAUUUUAUUAAUUACAGCAAGCAGUAGCAAGCAAAACAGCGCUGGGUGGGUAGGGGUCUCCUAACCGCCCCUCCUGCAGUGUCCCACACUGCAGUGCCCCACACCCCACCCCCCUUAUUCAGUCUCUUUUAUAGUUUCUUGGAGGUUUCUUCAUUCGCGUCUCUUGUGAUAGCGUUGGCCUAGCUUGAGCAUCCCUCUGCAUCGUGUCUGCGUUAUGUCGAGGCAGGUGAUCGUUGGUUUCACAAUCGGUUCCGGACAGUGAUGGGCGUACCCGGAGCACUCCUACGUUGUCUAGUCCGGUGGCCGUUGCCUGGUGGUCGCUGAUUUCAUAAUCAGCUCCGGCCAUCCCCCAACAUCCUUAGCCUGUGUCUGCAAGAGAAGCUAAGAAAAGCUCCCUAAAUGGUGAUUAAUCAUACUUGCGGUCUUGCCUUUUGCAAUAUGUCUAUAGCCUUGCAAUAUGCCUAUAGCCUUGCAGUUUGUAGCAGUUGCUUCUUUAUUGUCCUUUUUUUAGUAAAACCCACAAGUUGCUGUUUCCCAACUUCACAGAUGCUUCCCCUAUCUCCUAACAAGCAAGCUAGUCCCUCAUACUUUAAUUUUAUUUUUCCUCCUUUAAUAUUCCAAUUCCUUUGAUGAACAAACAAGUUACCACAGUUUAUCACAUCCCGAUUGUACCCUCGAAUGCUAAACCCUCCUACCCCUACGCAGUAAAAGAAUCCUCACCCCGCCCUUCGGGGCUCUCGGAAUCUGCCUCCCUUCUGCUUCGUUGUCUCCCUGUUUGCCCCUUCUGCGACCCUUCAAUAAACGAGCAGGAUUUCAGCAGCCCGAGUGUCCCUCCCGUUCUUCUGGUGGACCCUCAGAUGUACCAGCUAUCCGAGCUUCGUGCCGAGUGGCUAAAAGCCCCCACGGCUCGGCAACUGGCUGCCCGAACAGGGACGGACACCAGCGGGUCCAGUCCUUGACCGUCUCCUGGAGAUUGCCUGCUCUGUGACCAGCCUUCUCCAGGAUUGCAAGUGGCGUUCGGGACCAGUUUCCUGGGACAGUCGCCCUUUCAGUUCGGAAGGCUUCUGUCUCCUGGGUUCUGCUGAUAACCGACGGACCUUCGAGCUGCGCGGCAGCAGCAACGCCCUCGGACCAGCAGAAGUUCCACCAGACCCCUCUUCGAUGUCCCCGUUUUAUGCCUGUGUCCUUCAGAGUCCCCCAUGAUUUAAGGUAUAUUGCUAAGGCACUGUUUGCUCCCACCGAAUGCGACCUCUGGGAGAUUCAUUGGAAAAAACUGUUGAAACCACUCCUGCGCAAGUAUGAUCUCGCAGAGGUGGUGGGAGAGGGGGAUGAGGCAAUGGAAGCCCUUGCUGGAGAAGGGGAGUUCAGCAGUCCGGAGGACCAAAUUCUACUAGCACAGGAGCUGCUUCAGGACAUAGCAGCAGCGGGAAAGGAGGCACUCCUGAAGAUACCGGAUGCGACAAGGGUACCAGCCAGCGGGAAACUGGCGGCGAAGCGCGAGGAAGGGCCGCGCGACGACACCAAGUGGCCCUUCUCAGCAUCCCAGCCUCCCGACCAUCAGGGAGGACGAGUGGCCGCGCGGCCAAGUCCAGCAGUUCAGCGCAGCCACGAGGACGGACUCCGCCUCUUCCGCCGGACAGGUACCCUAAAUCAGGGCAAUCAUCAGGUCCUCCGCAGCAGCGUCACCAUCUCUCUCCAGGAUGAGGACCUGACGAGAAUUCCUGCUGGGUUCCUGGGCCCCCUCCACGACUGUCGGGACACCACCGUGCUCAUCUUAGAAGACUCCUUCAACACGCCAAAUGAAAUCACCAUCUUACCUGAGGUAGUGUGUUUUCCACCAGGAGAGGAGAUCACCGUCUCCGUCAUUUGUAACCACCCACCAUUUACUUUAAGGAAAGGCGAUCCUUUUGCUUUGCUUUACGUACUGGACACCCACGAUGACCCGGACACAGAGAGACAUGUUUUCUUCACCCAAAAUGUAUGUAAAGAAAGACCAUUAAUUGAUGCCAAACUUUCUUUGCAGGGAAAGUCGGUGCAGAUGCGGCUCAUGGCAGACACAGGAGCUGACGUGACCAUCAUCCCCCAGGUGAGGUGGCCCAGCGACUGGGAGCUUGUGCCCCCUUGCGGCAGGAUCUCCGGUGUGGGCGGAGCGGUCCACUCUCUGAGGAGUAGGCAUCUUGUGUGCGUGGAAGGUCCGGAAGGACAAUUGGCAACGACUUUUGUAGCGCAGAUUUUAUCACCUGUGCGUCGGCUUUUCCCUGAGGCCAUCAUCCUGCAUGACAUGGAUGAUGUGCUAGUUUGUGCUUCCGACUCGACAUACCUAAAGGCAACACUGGACAAGACUAUUAAGGCUAUCAAAGCUGCAGGGCUCCAGAUAGCAGAAGAGAAGAUCCAAUUCUCAGCACCAUGGAGGUACCUCGGAUUCCUCAUCACAGGAAGGACAGUGACGCCACAGACACUGACCAUCAACAAGGAUCCGAAGACUCUGCGAGACCUUCAGCAGCUGUGCGGAACGAUCACCUGGAUCCGCCCCCUCCUGGGACUGACGACUGAGGAGCUGUCACCUCUCUUCUGUCUGCUUCGAGGCGACGGAGACCUCGCCUCACCACGCGAGCUGACACCUGCCGCGCGGGAAGCCCUGCAACGGGUUGCUGUUGCUCUGAAGUCUCGCCAGGCACACCGCGUGGUCCGGACCCUUCCCGUGAACUUCGCGGUGUUGGGUAAGUGCCCCCACCUCCAUGGACUUCUCUUCCAGUGGGAUAACAGAGCAUCUGAUCCCCUGGUCAUCUUAGAGUGGCUCUUCCUACCACACCAGCCCUCUAGGACGAUCACGACCCCUGCAGAAUUGCUAGCCACUUUAAUAAUGAAGGCACGACACCGCCUCUGAACCCUCGCAGGGUGUGACCCUGAGUGCAUUUACUUACCUGUUAGAUUAGAUCAAUUGGACUCGUUGUUGCAAACUAAUGAAAAUUUGCUCAUUGCUCUGGACAGCUUCCCCGGACAAAUUUCGGUUCACUAUCCUAAGCAUAAAUUGUUUAAGGAUACAUUGCAUUUGGCCCCGAGAAUGUUUAAAAGCAAAACACCAAUUCCAGGUGCUCUCACGGUGUUCACCGAUGGGUCGGGCAGAUCCCACAAAUCGGUGAUCACUUGGAAGGACCCGGACAGUCAGAAGUGGGAGUCUGACGUCCAAGUGGUUGAGGGUUCCCCCCAGAUGGCGGAACUUGCCGCAGUCGUGAGAGCAUUCAAAAAAUUUCAACAGCCUCUGAAUGUGGUCACUGAUUCGGCCUAUGUCGCUGGGGUAGCAGAAAGGGCCGAAGGUGCCCUCCUCAAAGAAGUUUCAAACACAAAUUUAUACAGUUUACUCUCUGAUCUCAUUUGGCUACUUUCCCAUAGAGAGCAACCUUAUCAUAUCAUGCACGUAAGGGCACACACCGAUUUACCCGGAGAGAUCACUGAGGGUAAUCGGAAAGCGGACCUCCUAGCCAUGUCAACACAAAUAUCUGCAACCGCUUCAACCACCUUACCAGACAUACUCCGGCAAGCGCGGCUCAGCCGUGCAUUUUACCACCAGAAUGCCCCGGCUCUAGUGCGACAGUUUAAGAUCUCGAUAGCACAGGCAAGAACCAUUGUUUCUACCUGCCCGAGCUGCCAGUCUUUCGCUCUUCCUUCCCUCAUUUCGGGGACAAAUCCCCGAGGGUUGGGAGCGCUAGAGAUAUGGCAGACAGAUGUAACACACUUCGAGCCGUUUGGUCGGAUGAAAUACAUACAUGUCUCUAUUGACACGUUUUCCGGCGCAGUGUUUGCCUCCGUCCAUGCAGGCGAAAAAACCAGGGAUGCCAUGAAACAUCUUUUCAUGGCAUUCUCUACGUUGGGAGUCCCAUCUCACAUAAAAACUGAUAAUGGCCCAUGCUAUGCGUCAAAGCGCUUCGGUGAGUUUGCGCAACAGUGGGGAAUUUCCCAUACCACCGGAAUUCCCCACAAUCCUACAGGACAGGCGAUAAUAGAGAGGGCCCACAGAAAUCUAAAAAGGCUCCUUGAACAACAACAUAAGCCGGACAUUACAGUGAGCCCAGCCGAAAGGUUAUGUAAGGCCCUGUAUGUCCUGAAUUUUUUAAACUGCUCAGAAAGGGAGCCUGACCCUCCUAUUAUCCGCCAUUUUCACAAUAACACCAGAGCGCAACUCGCCGAGAGGCCACCAGUCUUGAUAAAGGACCCAGAAUCCAAAGCUAUCCAGGGCCCUUUCCCUCUAAUAACCUGGGGGAGAGGGUAUGCCUGUGUUUCUACAGAUAAAGGACCAAGAUGGAUUCCGGGGAAAUAUGUCAAGCCCUUCGUAGAGGUGCCAGCUCAGCAAGACAACGUGUCCUUGGUGCAAAGCACCGAGAACACCUCAUCGCUGGACGGAGUUUCCACUGCCUGGAAGAGGAGGAGAAGAAAGACCGUUCCUCCCAAUAUCGUCACACGUGUCAUGAUUACCCGAAGAUAUUUUCCCCCGCUGAACUCUACGUACCCAAUUACCCCAUCGCCCCCUGUACCCUUUCCUUUCCCCUAACCUCCCCUUUCCCUCAAUCCUUACCCCUUUUCUCUAAUUUUAUUUAGUGCUUAUUUAGUAAAUAAAAACGGGGGAGGUUGGGGAGGGACCACUGAGGAAAAUUUAUCAUUCAAGUUAUGCUUUCUUUUAUCACAAGACGCUGAGGAUGACUACCGCCUUGAGGACACCUCUGAAACAUCUGAUGCUCCUGAUCGUCAUCAUCUGGCUGUCACCGGUCAGGAGCUGGAUAGUCCCACAGCUGAGAGAAAACAUAUGGGUCACGCUGGCGAAGUCCUUGAAGCAGGACAACUUCUGUAUGGCCAUGGGAAGUGUGGACAAUCCGUUAUCCACGUGCCUGGUAGGAGUCCCCCUGUCGCCAAACGACUAUCCAUAUGCAGGAAAAAAACCUAAUCCUGUGGACACCUGGGAUGAGUGGACGAGGAUUCUGCCAUAUGCACCACAGGAGCCCCAAGAAUUGGACCUAUUGGGCUCCUCUCAGGCAACAUAUUGUGUCAGGUUUAGGUACCAGCCCUCCCAGAAAGACUGGGAUCAAAUGGCUAAACUCCACCCCGCUGGUACCCAAGAAGUAAAAAGACACGAUGUAUCUCCCCACGAUGGGAGAUACCAUGCAGCAAAUUGGUGCAAUUACACCUCGACCAUGGUAUCUAGGUCCUCCUCAGUUCCCAGGGUGCUCCCCAGGGGGUUUUUUCUCAUCUGCGGCGACAGGGUGUGGGCAGGGAUUCCCUCCCAAAUCCAGGGAGGCCCCUGCAGCCUUGGGCAGCUUACCACACUGACACCGAACAAAACCCAAAUUUUAAAUUGGAAAAACGAAAAUAAAUUGGCUCGCAAAAAGAGAUCCUAUAACCAAUUCGACGAAAAUUGUGAUUCAAAAAUUUACAAUUGGGGAAAGACGAAGAGAGUCACGGUAUCCAUAUUUUUACCAUGGUAUGCCACAGCAAAGGCCCUCGGUGAGCUUUCUCACCUCGAGUGUUGGCUCAGUAAGCAGGCCAACGCCACGUCCGCUGCCCUUUCCGACUUGCUAGCGGACGAAGAAGUCACCCGGCACGCCACACUGCAAAAUAGGGCUGCUAUUGACUUCUUACUGCUCGCCCAUGGCCACGGCUGUGAGGACUUUGAAGGAAUGUGCUGCUUCAAUCUGGCAUCAAAGAGCACAUCCAUCCAAGCUAAUAUCCAGCGGAUCCGAGAGCAAGUUGACGACCUCAAGACUGAGACCUCGACUGUAGAUCCUGUGAAUAAACUGCUGUCUCAA